CUAGCCUAGGCCGGCGCCGAGCAAACGUUUGGUAGCCAUGGCAAUCGCAGAGCUAGAGGCCCUUCCCAGCUGCAGGCUGACUGGGCCCGACGGCCUCGCACCCGAGCCGGGGCUCCGCAGGCUCCGCCCCGGGGAUGGCCAUGGCCGGGCCUGCCAUACGCAUCGGGGACCAGCUCAUCCUGGAAGAAGACUACGAUGAAACCUACAUCCCUAGCGAGCAAGAAAUCAACGAGUUUGCUCGAGUGAUUGGGAUUGACCCUGAGAAUGAGGCAGAGCUGAUGUGGCUGGCCCGAGAAGGCAUCGUGGCCCCUUUGCCUGCUGAAUGGAAACCUUGCCAAGACAUCACAGGGGACAUCUAUUACUUCAACUUUGCCAAUGGCCAGUCAAUGUGGGAUCAUCCAUGUGACGAACGCUACCGACAGCUUGUGGCCAAGGAGAGGGAGAAGCUCCUGGGUCAUGGAGGCUUCAGGAAGAAAGAGAAGAAGAAGAAGAAGAAGGACAAGAAAGAGAAGGGAGAGAAGGACCUGCUGAAACACCCAUUUGAGGUGCAGUCAGAGGUGGGAAUUCUUCCUUCAACAUCGUUUUAUAGAGUGUCAUCUCCUGUCCUGUCAUCGGGUCAUGCAAGUCCUGAGCUAGAGCAGCAGGAACAAGGAACGAACCUGAUAACAAGGAACGAACCCUUCCUGAAGAGCCACAAAGGGAUGCCUUCAGGGAUGUCUUCCUAUCCAAGUGACCUGCCCCGACUGCUCUCGGGCCCUGCCCCAGGUAAGCUGCAGCCUCUUCUGCCAACCAAGUCAACCCGGACUCACCAGAUCCUUGCAGAUGUGGAAAAGAUUCUUGGAAAAGCUUCGUUUUCUAACAGACCAGACUCUGGUCACCACUCAUGCCAAGACUUGACUGCAGAAAUUAGAAGUGCAGCCGUUUGUGUCUUGUCCGACUCGGAACCUGAAAAUUUAGAUAGUGCCAAGAUUCCAAUGAUGCUUUUCCAAGCACUGAAGGAACCCACUGAUAAAACUGUGCUAGGUCUGGAGGCCCCCAAGAAUAGAAGCCUCUUCUUGGAGAAUGAAAAGCUAGGCAAGGACCAAGACAUGGAAGGAGGUGGUGUCUGUCAGUCACUUGUUGACUCUUCACCUGGAGAACGGGCAAUGGGGCCUGUCAAUUACAUUGUAAAGGAUAGAGGAUUCUUGCAGGUCAUUGAAAAGGAAAUUCAACAGUUUCCUCCUGCUGCUGUUUCCCCUGUGUUGGUUGGUGAGAAGUGCGAGCCAAGCAUCACGGAAGGAGAAGGUGACGCUGAUUCUUUGCAGAACGACCUGAGAUCUCCCUGUAAAGUGAAGGAGAGCAGAAAGGGGAGGAAGCUCCAAGAGCAGCAGUGCCAGGCCGUGGAGCUCAGUGUGAGCAAAAGAGAGAGCACCCAGCAGGGUGAGGCUCCUGUGCCUGACUCCCAGCUGCAGGCUUCCUCCCUUGCCUUUGGAGCAGAGACUGGAACAGGUGGGAAUAUUAGUCCUCUGCUGGUGGCUGCAGUUCUACCAGCUCAUCCCAGGGGUGAAAAGACACGAGGUGAGAGGCCGGACUUUGAUGGUGGUAAUGGUGGCGGUGGUAGCAGCAGCAUGACAAGCAGCUUGGCUGACCACCUUGCCUCCCAGAUCUUGGGAGAAGUAGACAACUUCUCCUGGGAUCUGCAGAGCUCUCAUGAAUCUGACCGCCCCAUGGAACAGGUGGCUGCCAUAAAGAGAUCUUUUCUAGAAGCCCCCCAUAUCCAGACACAGAGCUCCCUUGAUGAUCGGUCAGAAAGCGAGUGCUACACAGAGGACCAGAAAUUCUAUAGGCACAUGAUCCACAUGGUGAAGAGAUCCAGAGGAGCAGAGCAGGCUGUGCCUAAACCCCUCAAGCAACAGCAAAGUGGCUGUGAAGAGUUUGGCACUGCCCUGAAUGCAGAGCUCGAUACUGCUCAGGAAGGCGCUGUGGAAGUGGGAGCAAGGCCUAGGCAAGGAGUUGUGGCCUUUAAGGAAGGGGGACUGCAGAGUCCAGUCGAGAGCCAGGUGUGCUCCAUUCAAAAUAGCCAGGCAGAAGGCGAGCAAGUGCAGAGCAGAACACUGGCAAAGAAUGACAACAGGCCUGAGCGUUCGCCAGAAGAAGACAGAGGUGAAGAGAGUCCUCGUGGAACAGGCAGGCUUCUCAAGAACCUGCAUGUGGAUGUUAGUGCCCUUGGUGCCAGCUUUGACAAUGAGGCUUCUGAAGGCAGCAACCCCAUGAAGGAAUGGCAGGUUUCUGACCACUUGGUCCCUGAUCCACUUGACAUUGUGAGCACAAGCUUUGAAAACAUACUUGAUGUGCUACCUCCAGUCCUGGGAAGUCCAAAAUUUGGGGUGAGCAGAGCCACCGUUGAAAGCACUUGGAAAGAAGAGGCUACUGGCUGGUCAGCACAGGAGAAGGAGCAAAGCAAAGGCAGCUUAGAAGAGGAGCAAAGCCGAGGAUCAGCUAAGGGGAAUGUUGAGGCUGAAGUUAAGCACACAGAGGAAAAGCAUGCCGAGGAUUCCCUCAGGAAAACAACCAGAGCAGAGCAGACUUUGCUGGAACAAGCAAAAAUACAUUUCCUGCAGGAGAAGCAGACUCACAUUCAGCAUUUGCAGGAGAAGUUGCAACAAGAAGAGGAAGAAGAAAUCCAGAUGCUCCAUCAGCAGAAAAAGGAUGCCCUCCAGUCACUAAAAGCCGAGUUGGAGGCUGCUAGGCAGGAGGAAGAGUUGCGCUUGAGGGAGGAGGUUCAAGAUGAACUCCUGAAACUCCAAACCCAGAUCUAUUCUGAAGCAGAGGCAGAGAAGGAGGAAAUCAGGCUGGCACAGGAGGCUGCACUACACAAGCUAAGAGAGGAGCUGGAAUCCUUUCAGCAGUCUGAGGAGGAUGGACUGAAGGAGCAGAAGCGGCUUUCUCUGGAAAGGAUGAAGAAGGAAGCAGAAGGUGUUCAGCAGGCAGCGCUCAUGGAACUAGAGCAGGAGAACCAGCGAGCCCUGAGCGAGCUGAAAGAGAGGCUGUGCAGAGGAAGCGAAGCGGCCAUGCAAGAACUGAAGGUGCAGUUUUCAGCAGAGAUCCAGCAACAAAAGUCAGCAGCAAAAGAACACCACCAAAAGGUUGUUUCAGCCCUCCAGAAACAGAUAAAAGAAGCCCAGAGAAGGGAGGAGUCAGAGUUACAGCAGGAGCUGGAGAGUGCAGAGCAAAAGGUCCUGCAGAAGAGGCAUCAGGUGACCGAGUAUGAGCGAGAGCUCGGUGAUCUCCUGAAGGAGAAGCGUCAGGAAGUCGAACGAGACCAUGCAAGGCAGCUGGAGAAGAUGCAGGAGGCACACCGGGAGACCUUGGCCGAGAACCAAGCACAGCAUGAAGAGGAGGGGAGGAAGCUGAGGGCUGAGCUGCUCGCAGCCCUGCAAUGCGAGCAGGAGCGCCUGGAGCUGCUCCACAAGGCUGAGCUGGAGGCCUUGCGGAAGAAGCAAGCCAGACAGCUGAAGGACUUGCACAAGAGCCAUCAGGAGCAGGAACAAAACGUCCAGGACAUGGAAUUAGAACUGGAGCUCCGAGCCAAGGAUGUCCAGGCACGAGUGUCUCAAGUCCAUGCCCAGGAGGAGGUCCUGAGGAAGAAAAGGCAGCAGGCGCUGGAGGAAGAGAAGCAGCUGGAGCAAGAAAGAGACGAAGCAGCUUUGGCAGCUCAACUCCACCAUGAAGAGUCCCAAAAAGACCAGGAGGAUCUUGCAGAGACAACACAGGAGCUGCGUAGGAUUCUGGUGGAGCUUCAGGACCGGAAGUCAGAGCUGGAGUCCCAGGUGGAAAUGCUGCAGUUACAGAGUCAGCAGCUGCAGAAGAGGGUCAGUGAGCUGGAGGUAGCCAUCAAGAGCAAGCAAGAGCUACUGAAGAAGAUGGAGGUGGAAAAUUGCGAGGCAUCCCCAAGGAAACAGGAGGAAGCCUUCCGAGUUGAAGACCUGCAAGAGAGUGUCCCAGUGCCUUCCUUUAGAGAGCUGGCAUCUGAAACUCCAAAGAGGAACGAAGAAAGGGGCAUCCUCCUGGAACAGGUACAGCGCACCAUUUCUACUGAAGGAGCCUCCUUGAAGACUGCCAGGGAGUUCUUGGUGCGCCAGACUCACUCCAUGCAGAAAAGGCAAAGUGCCUUGAAAGCAGCGAAGCGACACUGGCGCUAUGACCUCCAGAGGGCACCAGGGGCUGCUCAGGAUCCAGGUCUCUGUCAGCAGCUGGAGGGGGUACGCAGGACCCUGGAAGUGGAAGCAAGGAAGCUGCAUGAGAUGAACUCCAGCGUCCAGAGGGGGGAAGUGCUGGUGAAACAGAAAGAAGAAGUGCUGAGCCAGUUGGAGUCCUCGCUGCUGGAAGAGCUCUCUGAGGAAGAUACACUGAAGGGAGUGGCUUGCAAGAAGGUGGUGACCUUUGACCUCAGUGACUCCAAAGACACAAGCAGCAUGAUGAGCACCGAGGAAUCUCCCCGCAAAAUGGUUGACAUGAAACCAGACCACCAGUUCCUUCCCUUCGAUGAGAUCCACUACCUGACCAACUCACUGCAGUGCCUCACCAGGGACCUGAUUGUUGUCCUUGAACACCUGAGUACCUUCAGCAACCAGCAGCUCCCUUUCUUCACUCCAACCAAGCAUCCAGGGUCCCCAAUGCCUAGAGAUGGAAUCCCUCUGGCAGGUGCCCCUUCUGCUGCCCCGUCUGUGCCCACUGUUGGCCCCCAGUGGGCCUGGAAUAGCUCAGGUCCCAGCCCCUCUGCUUUGGCUGGCCAGUCUGUGAACAACACGUUGCUGGAAAAGUGGUGCAAGUAUUUUCCCGGCAGGUUCCCUUUGCCCUGUGGAAGUCCUGGCCCUCUGGAUGGCAAGCUGGGUUACAUGACAUCUGGCGAGCAAGGUCACCUAUUCCAGCACCCCAAGGCUGAGAGGCCGAACAUCCAGGGCAUGAUUGAGGCCAACAAGAAAUGGCUGGAAAGCUUCAAGCAGGAUUCCAAAGUCCCCCUCUUGCCAAGUGCACCAAAGUCCUUGAUCAGCAGCACUGGUUUGUUGCAGCUCGGACUAGAUGACAACAACCAAAUCAAGGUCUACAAUUUCUAGGCAAUUGGGCGAGGCCGAGAUGGAAGACCGUUCCCCUGGCUGUAGUUCCCAGCGGCAAAGACUUGGAGUUCUCCCUGCUGGCAAUACAUGGCAUUACCCUUGCACUUAGCAGCCCUCCAUCUCUGCUUUCUUGAGUUGUGCCAGGCCAUGAGGUCUGGUCCAUGAAGGGAAUGGCCACUGCAGGAAAUUACUCUUGAUGCUGUGACUGGGCCCAAAUGCACAGGAUAGACCAAUAAUUCAGUGGGAAAAUAAGUAUUACUAGCCAGUAGUUUUCUGGUUGGUUUUCUGUUGUCUAAGAAAAUGCCCAGGCGGUGAAGUCACUUUGGUUGAGGGAAGGAGAUGAGUUCUGUGAGGAGGACAGUGCCCAAGAACAUGAACAGCAAAAUGGCUCCCUGAAGCCUCACACUGCUUUGCCUGUGCUGUAGCCUUGGCUUCUCCCAGUCUGGAAUGCAGCAUGGUUUCUGUACCUAUUGGCUUCCAUUUUGUAAGGUUUUCAUCUGAAGUCAGACUUGCCUUCCAAAGCCAUACCCCCAUCCCAGUCAUUCUAAAUUUCCCAGUUCAGGCCCAGGUGAUCAGUUUGCAGCUGUUGUGAGGGUGGAGAGCAAAAAAUGCUGCAGCAAGGCAGGAAGCAGUGGUUGCACUCAAAUCUCCUGGUUUGCCUGGUCCUACAGUCUGUCUUGGGUCUUGAAAGCUCCUCUCACUGAUCAGAUUCACUGGCUUUCCCAGCAGCAGAGCUGUUUGGGCUAAUGCUCUUGGGGGCUGCAUCAAUGGCACUCCUCCUGUGAGACUCAGCUGAUACCAAAACCAGAUAUUCUUGGCCAGCACCAGUCUCCUGUUGGAACCAAAGCCAAAUGGGUGAACAUCUGUGUGCCUGAAGGUAGCGAAAGCAUAUUCCUUGCUGAAGCUGCCUCCAGAAAAUUCAGUUUUCUGUUUUUCCUCACAUUUGUUUUAGGCCAGCUUUCUGGCUGCUGUCUUCUUUCUGAGGUUCCAGCUGGGUCUGGCUUUCUGGGCAAUGAAUGGGCAGCAUCUCCUAGAACUGGUGCUCCAACAGUACCCAUGCUUGGCACGGACAGUGGUUCGCUCAGCUCUCUUUCCUCUGGUCCCCACAUUUCUCCAUGCAGAUCUGUGCUGUGAGUUGUCCUCCUCUCCUGUGAUUGAGUCAUAGCAUCAUUCAUCUUUAUAAACAUCCCCUUCUGGAGUAUACCCAGAUGGUAGAAAGGGCGAUUGUCCUGUGUCAAAGGGUGUAUUAUGGCAAGAGAACUGGUGUCGGCCUUCAACCGUUGGCUGUAUUUUGUAUACAAAUUAAAUUGACUCUUGUACAUC